GCUCUUUAUUGACGGCCGGGCUGCAUAUAAUUCAUUCUUCAGCCAGCUUCUUUUGAAAACACUGUAAGAUGUCUCUCCGAAAAACUGUACAGGAAGAUAAUUCUCUCUUCCGUAUUCCUCCCUAUUUCUAUUUGCAUGUUUUGGAUCAAAAUACCAAUGUAUCUCGAAUUGAGGUUGGUCCAAAAACAUACAUUAGACAAGAUAAUGAAAGGGUCGUAUUGGGACCGGAACGAAUGAUAACAGUUCCUCCAAGACAAUAUUGUAUUAUUGAAAAUCCUGUUCAAAGAAAUGGCGAUGGUGAAGUAAUCUUAGACGGAUAUGGUCAAGUAAAGUUGGCUCAUGCCGAUAAAGAAAUUCGUCUAACUCAAGAUCCUUUCCCCUUGUACCCUGGAGAAGUUUUAUUACAGCCAGUAAAGCCCCUUACUAUUGUGGUUGCAAACUCUGCUCUUAGAUUGAGAGCUGUCUUGGAUUUUACUGAUGGGGAAGGAAAGAAAAGAAUUGCCGGUGAUGAAUGGCUUUUCAAGGGACCGGGAACUUAUAUCCCAAGAAAAGAAGUUGUCGUUGAUGAAACUAUUAGAGCAACUGUUAUUAUGCCUAAUCAAGCCUUGAAACUUAGAGCUAGAAAGGAAUGUGAGGAUUUCGAAGGCAUUAAUAGAGUUACGGGAGAAGAAUGGUUAGUAAAGAAUACGGGCGCCUAUCUUCCUGGCGUUUACGAGGAAGUUGUUGAUGUCGUCAACGCUUACGUAUUGAGCGAAAAGAGAGCUCUACAUAUGCAGGCCAGUCGUACGUUUAAAGACGACUUUAAUGUCACAAGAAAAAACGGAGAAGAAUGGCUUAUCAAGUUAUCUGACACUGAAACUCAUAUACCACACGUAUACGAAAAAGUUAUGGGUUUUGUAGAUAUUACAACUUUAACAAACCGCCAAUACUGUGUGAUACUAGAUCCUGUUGAUGAACAUAACAAGCCUCAAUUAGGCAAAAAGAAGCUAGUCAGAGGAGAAAAAAGUUUCUUCCUUUUACCUGGAGAAUCGCUGGAAAAGGGUGUUCAAAAUGUAUACGUUUUAGGAGAAAACGAAGGUGUGAUUUUGAAAUCCAACGAAUUAUUUCAAGAUGGCGAUGUUACCAGGCAACCAGGUGAUAAGUGGAUGAUUAGAGGACCUGUCGAAUAUAUGCCACCAGUUGAAGUAGAGGUAGUAACCAAGAGAACUGCCAUACCUUUGGAUGAGAAUGAAGGUAUCUAUGUGAGAAAUAUUAAGAACGGAAAAGUUAGAGCUGUCACCAGCGGUACUUAUAUGCUUACACAAGAUGAGGAACUUUGGGAAAAGAAAUUACCCCCAGUAGUUGAGGGUCUAUUGACCACUGGUAAAGAUCCUAUUGCAGACCGAUCUGAUAGAAGAUCCACUGGUGUAGAGGGGAAACCAAGAGAUAAAACUAGAGUAGUCACUUUCCGAGUUCCUCACAACGCCGCCGUACAAAUAUACGAUUAUAAGCAGAAAAAAGCUAGAAUUAUUUUCGGACCUGAAUUGGUCAUGCUUGAUCCUGAUGAACAAUUCACACAAUUAUCUCUUUCUGGAGGGAAACCCAAGAAACCAAAUGUUAUAAAGAGUCUCUGUCUCCUCUUGGGACCUGACUUUUGUACAGAUAUUAUUGUUGUUGAAACGGCUGAUCACGCCAGACUUCAACUUCAACUUAGUUACAAUUGGCACUUUGAAGUUCAGAAAGACAAUGAACAAGAUGUCGCCAAGAUUUUUAGCGUACCAGAUUUCGUUGGUGAUGCUUGUAAAGCAAUGGCCUCGCGUAUUAGAGGAGCUGUUGCUAGUGUACAAUUUGAUGAUUUCCACAAAAAUUCUGCUCGCAUCAUCCGUGGAUCAGUUUUCGGUUACACAGAAAAUAACAAAAUUGGUGAAUCCUUCCUCUUUAAACAAAAUAAUCUCGUUGUUACUAGUAUCGAUAUUCAGUCGGUAGAACCGGUUGAUCAAAGGACGAGGGAUGCUUUACAAAAAUCCGUACAAUUGGCAAUUGAAAUCACUGUUGCAGCCCAAGAAGCUACUGCCAGACAAGAGGCAGAGAGAUUAGAACAAGAAGCUAAGGGUAAAUUAGAAAGACAGAGAAUCCAAGACGAAGCUGAGGUAGAAAAGUCAAAGAAGAAUCUGCUAGAGCUUCAAGCUCAGUCUGCCGCUGUAGAAGCCAGAGGACAGGCAAAGGCAGAGGCUGAGAGCCGAGCUGAAGCUAUCCGAAUCGAUUCAGAAGCCAAUGUGGAACAAGCUGAACUGAAGGCUAAAGCAUUGAAGAUCGAGGCUGAUGCUGAAUUAGAAAGAUUGACUCAAGCCCUUCAAUAUACAAAAGAAUCUAAUGGACUUGAAAUAUCUAGAGCAAAAGAAUUGGCUGAUAUUGAAGUAGAAAAAUUCAAGAGAAUGAUUGAUGCUAUCGGAGCUGAUACCAUCAGGGCAAUCGCCGUCGCUGGACCAGAGAUGCAAGCUAAGUUAUUGCAAGGUCUUGGCAUCAAAUCAACUUUAAUCACUGAUGGAAAUAGUCCAAUUAAUCUUUUCAAUACUGCAAAUGGAUUAAUCGGAGGCGGAGCCAUCGUUCCCACAAACUCAAAUGUCCCAGAAGAAUAG